AUGUCGCUCCGCCUCGCUCCCGCGCCGUCGCCAGGGGCUGAGCCUCCCCGCCCCCGGGCCCAGUCCCGGUUCUUCGGGCGCCUCUUCCAUAAUAGGGCAGCGAGCCGCGGGAGAGCUCGGGGCGCGGGCGGGGCCAGCGCCCGAGGAAGGCUCGGCCGGCGCAGCCAAUCGGGUCGCGGGGACGGGCGCUGGGCAGGCGGCGGCGCGGCGGGGCGCGAGCGGGUGAGCUGCGCGGGGCUGCCGCGGGCGCCGUCCAGGAUGCGCCGCGGACUCGGCGCGCCGGCGCUGCUCCUGCUGCUCGGGCCGCUGCGCUUCUGCCCGGCCGGCGGCCAGACGGGGGAUGGCUGUGGUCCCUCUGUGCUGAGGCCUAACAGUGGAACGUUGGCCUCCAAGAACUAUCCUGGGACCUACCCCAACUUCACAUCCUGCGAGUGGAGGAUCCACGUGGCUAUUGGGAGCUACCUCACCCUGGUCUUUGGAGACAUGGACAUCGAGGCCUCAGAACAGUGCAAAUCUGGCUUCCUGUUGCUUUCUUUCAAUAGCUCCAGCUAUGGUCCAUACUGCAGUAACUCAAACCCACCCCGCAAGGUCUUGGUGGUGAACACUAGCUCAGUAACCAUCUUGUUCAACAGCACGGUGCACCGCUCGGGACGUGGCUUCCUCCUUUCCUAUGCCAGUGGCAACCAGCCAGAUCUGAUUUCCUGUUUGCAGAAGGGAAUCCAUUACAGCAAGGAACAAAUCAGGGCGUACUGUCCCGCAGGCUGCAAGGAAGUGACAGGUGACAUCUGGGGCAAUGUGAAGCAGGGCUACCGAGAUACCUCAGUUCUCUGCAAAGCUGCUGUCCACGCGGGCCUGGUCUUGGAUGAACAGGGAGGACAGGUUACUUUGUCACAAGCAAAGGGGAUCACGCUGUAUGAAUCAUCCUUUGCCAAUGGACUCUACUCAAAAAGGGGACCCUUAUCUGAAAAGCGCCUCAUCUUUCACAAAGCCUGCGAUGGAGUCCUGGAAGCAUCCGGCUUCCAUGCAUCCUCCUUCUGGCACGAACAGAAUGCCAUGGGGGAGAAUCAGGCCUGGGCGGCCGAGCAUGCUGCUUUCAACGGUGGAGGAAUCUCCUGGGCAGCAGAUCAGAGCUCCACGGAAGAGUGGCUGGAGGUAGAUUUGGGUGGAAAGAGAAACAUCACAGGGAUUAUAACAAAGGGGUCUUCUCAUAAAUAUAACUACUACAUAAAAUCUUACCAAGUCCUUUUCAGCCGUGAUGGGAAGAACUGGAAAGUCUACAAGUCCAUCGAUGGUGAGGAUAAGGUCUUUGAAGGAAAUAGUGACAGCCACCAAGAGGUCUCCAACACCUUCAUCCCACCGAUCCUGGCCCGUUACCUGCGCAUAACACCUCAGAGCUGGAACCAGAGGAUUGCGCUGAAAGUGGAGCUAUUGGGAUGCCAGGUGGCACGCAUCAAGGCAAUGCGCCCAUACAGCGAUAAUGGAAUCCGCAGUAGCCCCAAGGAGCUCCCUGUGCUGACCAGCAGACCUGCUGUUUUCACACCAAACCCUGGAAUUGUCAUCAAUUCUGAGAAAACAGGUCCUCCAGUACUGGUGAUGUUGCUGAUAGGGGGCUUUGUGCUCUUCUCCUCUGCUCUUCUGCUAUUGGUUUUCCUCUGCCUUAAGAAGAGGAAGACAGCGGUAGAUCAGGACUGUGGCCUCAUAAAAGUUUGCCCAACGUCAGAGGCCAGCCAGAUCUGCUCCAGACAUAGCCUGCAACUGUCUGCUUCGGAAGUGGCCUCGUUCCCUGGGGCAGGGGCCUCAGCAGACCUCGAUGGAGUUCCGUCACCAGAAUAUGCCGAGCCGGAUGUGGUCCAAGUCAGCUCCACCAGCCAGACAGUUCCAUCCACAUUCAAGCCUGACCCAGAUGAAGGCUACACGCUCCCCCUAGUGGUGAAUCACUAUGACGUGCCCGGGAAAUACCACGAGUAUGCUGAACCCUUGCCCCCAGAGCCGGAGUAUGCCACGCCAUUCGUAGAGCAGCCCACUGAGCCAGAGGGGGCUGCUUUCCGGAAGAACUUCUGCAUCAUCAAAGUCAUUCCCUCCUCCCAAAGCCAGCCAGGCUCACUGAGGUUGCCGGGGUGCCCUGAGCCCCAAAUGCAAUACGACUUCCCUGCUCCACGGCCUGCGGAGAAGCCAGACGGCGCAGCAGGUGAGGGCAGUGUGCUGGAGGGCUCGGCUACAGCCACCCCCAGGGAACAACAAGGCGGUUGGACUCUGAGCACAAGAGGUGAACCCCCUGCUACACAGCCGGCUGCCUCUCUGCAAGGGCACCCCAUCCAGCUCAGAGACUCCCCCCUUGCAUAUGUCUACCACGAGUCCUUGUGAGCCACACAGAAAGAGACCUUGUGCCCACACAUCUGCCCAGGAGCACCACUUGCAAGCAGAAGAUCCUCCAACCAAGGGCUGUUUCUCUCGCCAGCAAAGGGAAGUAAGUCCAGGAUUUUCUGGCAUCCGUGCUCUGCUUUGGAGGAGUCUUUGUCCUGAACUCCUGGUGGAUUUGGUUGGGAUUUCCCACCCACUCCCUUGACUUUAGAAAAUACCUCCAUUGGAGGCUGUACUCAGAAACUGAAUCAUGUUAUUCAGCGCGGCUUACUCGCAGAAAAGUGUCCUCACGUCCCAUUGUGCACCCUGUUGAACUGAGUGAGCCUUCCUUCUGAGGAUACAUGCUUAAGACUGCACGGGAAUUGACCCCAGAGAUGGGGUGGGGCAGAAACCACAUGUAUAUGUACGUAGUAUAACCUGACUUUGCUCUUCUAGUUAAUUUUCGGGUGAAUAACAGACAUCUAUAAUAUAUUUGCACACACAAUGGAUCCUGCACUCCCAGUGUGGAAGGAAAAAGCCAAGCCUGAUUCAGCGGCAUUCACUAAUGUCCACGUUCCCUUAUUAAAAACUUGAAGGCGUUUUGUAAACCAAAUCAGACUUUUUUUACCACUGCCUGCUGUGGGCAAGAUUCCUCUUUUCAACAUGCCUGGUUCACUUUGCUUUCAGACUCAACGGUGAAUCUUUGUUUUUUCUCUGUGUCAAAAAAGGCAUCCGCUUUGACAUGUGAUUGAUGUAUCAAUGAUUGACAUACCAUCACCUGACAUACCGUGUUGAGUUACAGUGGUACGCUGGUUAGGGUGUCAGACUAGAACCAAGGAGAGCUGGGUGGGUUCAAAUCCUAAUGGAGCCAUGAAGAGUCACCUGCUUUCAGUCUAGCCUUCCUCAUACGGCUGUUAUGCACAAGGGUGAACCUCCCAAAUGCCACCCUGAGUAGCCAGUGGGAAUUGCCAGCAGCGAGGUUUUGGAACAAAUAAAUCCUUCGACAUGUGUUACCAGGGCAGGGAGGGAUUGGAAUAGCCAUAUUUUCCCUCAAAAUACUGCAUAUCAAAGCAGACCGAUCUCCACAGCUUUGUGAAAAGGAGUACUUUUAUUACAGAAUGUUUAAAGUUUACAAAGGCAGCCCAGAAUCUGGUGGCACCCAAAUGGGAGGAGGGGAGGGCACAGACAUUCAGGCAGCCUGCAACUUAAGCAGCAACCAGCUGCAAAAGCAAAGUUAGUACAGAAGACAUGCAGAGAACUUGAAAAGAGAAGAGCAGGAUACAGGUGGGAAAAGACAAGAGCAGAAAAACAGAAGUGUAGAUGCAGUCGUCUGCUGCAGCAAAGAUAAAGCACCUUAAAGAUUAAUAUGUACAGUGAAAUCCUCAACAGAGUUCCUUCUGUAGAUUUAGAGGACCGCGCUGUGAUUCAGACAGACGCUUCCAUGAGCUAGAGCUCAUGCACGAAAUCAAACCAAGCUUUAAACAUAAAAGGACACAAACAGGCAGCCAGUGUGGUGCAGUGGUUAGAGAGUCAGACGAGGAUCUGGGAUACUCGGGUUUCAUUAUCUACUCUGCUAGAGACACGCACAGGGUGACCUUGGGUUCUCUCUCAGCCUAACCUACCUCACAAGGAUGUUGUUGUGAAGAUAGAAUGGAGGAGUGAAGAAGAAUACUGUAAGGGGCUCUGGGUCCCCACUGGGGAGAAAAGCAGGGCACAGAUGUCUAAAUAAAAUGCAAGGAUAAUAGAAGACCCAGUGUGGUGUCGUGGUUAGAGUGCUAGACUAGAAUCUGGAAGACCCAGGUUCGAAUCUCCACCUGCUAUUGAAGCCUGCUGGGAUACUUUAGGCCAGUCACAUACUCUCAGCCUAACCUACCUCACAGGGUUGUUGUGAGGAUAAAAUGGAGAAGCGGAGAAUGAUGUAAGCCACUGUGGGUUCCCAUAGGGAAGAAAAGGGGGGUAUAAACUAAGUCAAAUGAAGAAAUAAACAUUA